CGGAUUUCAAGUUCGCUAUCUCUCCGCGGGGGAGAUGAAUGAAAAGAGGGGAAAAAAGAAGUGAUUGGUGAACCGAGUCCGCUGUGCUCUCGCGCGACGCUCCGCUCGAUGGCCUCCGUCAGCUUCUCCGUCAAGCAGCUUCGCCGAAGCUACCGUAACAAAAGCUUUCCCCGGUCCGCGGAGUCGCUCGGCCGCGCGUAACUCCCGGUCCCGUGAUUCGUGAAACGCGUUUUACCCCCCCCUGCGUCCCCUCGCUGAUCGCACCGACUCCCGAAUAUGCAGUAGUGGAACCCGAGUCGGGAGAGACGCCGCUGAAAUUCCGCAGAACCCGGGGUGGCGACAGCGAUCGUUAAUUAACGUCCAGAUUAACCCCCAGGCAUGUCAGCGUCCGAGACGGCGGUGAUUUUCGCGAAACUGGAGGCUUUGAAAGACAUUAGAUCGAAGACCCUUCAGCUGGAGAAGCUGAAGCAGAGGAUAAUGCAGGAGGUGGAGCAGACCGAGCAGGAGGAGAAAUGUCUAUUAGAGUACAAGCAAGAAAUGGACCUGCUGAUGCAGGAGAAGAUGGCACACGUUGAGGAAUUGCGCCAGAUACACGCGGACAUCAACGCGAUGGAAUCUGUGAUCAAGCAGGCGGAAGAGGCGCGUAACAGGGCGAGGGAAACCGCGAAGCUGAUUCACAACAAUGAUUAUCAGCCGCUGAAGCACGACAUCGACCGUAUGCGCAGGGAAUUUUUGGGACUGGAGAGGUUACCGGAGUUGUACGAGACCGAGUCGGACCUCAUCUCCCCUGAACGGUUUGUUCAUAGCUACUUUGAACGUCCGAUGCAAAAGGCGGAGUGGAGGGUAGAGGUGCGGGGCGACGACUUGUUGCCUCAGCUCGGGCUACACCACCCCGGGCAUCCGGGUGGCUCCACGCCUUUCUUAGCUCCGCAACCGAUUCAGGGACCGAGCAAACCAGAGCCCAGGCCAUUGCCGCCAGCCCCAGGGCCGCCUGCUCCAACAUUCAGGUACCACUGGCAACAACCGCCGCCUAUGAAGUCCUGCCUCUCGUGCCAUCAACAAAUUCACAGGAAUGCGCCAAUUUGCCCGCUCUGUAAAGCAAAAUCGCGGUCGCGUAAUCCUAAGAAACCAAAGAAGAAAGAUUAAUUGUAAUUAUAAGGUUACUUUAUAUGAAUAAUCCGCAUUUCUACAAUUCAACUUAAACAGAGACAUGUAUUAAUCAUUUUUGUAAUCCACAGUAAUCAUGCACUCGUAUCGUAUCAUUAGCAUUUGUAAGUGAUAGCACAGCAUUUAUGAGAAUCUAUGUAUUUAUGUAAUGUGUCAAUUUUUUGACCACAGCUUUUUUUUAGAGUUUAAAGGUUUUAUUGUAUUCGCGUUACACAAGUAUAUAAGAAGAAAUGUAAGAAAUGAUAGUCAAAUAAUUUCUACUGCAAUAAAAAUAAAAAUUUAAUAUUUGACAA